AUGACCUUCAUGUCCUCCCGAGAGGUCAUGCGCAUUUACAGCCACCCCAGUGUGCUCCUGGAGGGGAACCGGGAGGACAGGAAGCGGCAGCUGCGCCGGAACCAGGAAGACGGGAGGCAGCAGCCGCGCCGGGCCCCAUUGAAAACGAAACCAACCGCGAGGGGCCAGCCGGCGGAACCCGUGGGCACACCCAGCGGCUUUUCCUCUACUGGGCACCUCGUGAGCGGGGAGUUCUCCCAGUUUAACAUCCUGCAGAAGGUAUCCACCCUCAAGGAUGGUGACUUCGUCUUGACUGAAAGCACCGCCAUCUUGAUUUACUUAAGCUUUAAGUACCAGACGGCAGACCACUGGUACCCAUCUGAACUUUGGGCCCGUUUUCAUGCCCACAAGUACCUGGGCUGGCAUGCUGACUGCAUCCAUGGUACCUUUGGCGUGCCCUUGUGGACCCAGGUGUUGGCACCACUCAUUGGGGUCCAUGUGACUGAGGAGAAGGUGGAGCGCAACAGGGCCGCCACGGACAGGGCACUGCAGUGGCUGGAGAACAAGUUCCUGGGGAGCUGGGCUUUCCUCAACAGCCAGCAGGUGACGCUGGCUGACCUCAUGGUGCUGGAGGAGCUGGUGCAGCCUGUGGCUCUUGGCUGUGACCUAUUUGAGGGACAGCUGAAACUGGCAGCAUGGCGUGACUGAGUAGAGGCUUUCCUGGGUACUGAUCUGUGCCAGGAGACCCAUGGCCCCAUCUUGAACAUCCUAGAGCAGACGGCUAACAAAACAGUCCCGCAGCCUCCACCAGAACUCUCCCCCUAUAUGCUAUUUUAUAUUUCUAGGAUCCCCUGA